AUGCCGUUCGGCCUCAAGAACGCCGGUGCUACUUACAUGAGAGCCAUGACGACUAUCUUUCAUGACAUGAUCCACAAGGAAAUUGAAGUCUACGUGGACGACGUCAUAAUCAAAUCCCGUGAGAAUUCGGAUCAUUUGACACACCUGAGGAAAUUCUUUGAACGUUUACGUCGGUAUAACUUGAAGCUAAAUCCCGCCAAAUGUGCUUUUGGAGUCCCAUCUGGGAAGUUGUUGGGGUUUAUAGUCAGAAGAAGAGGUAUUGAGCUCGACCCUUCCAAGAUUAAAGCAAUUCAAGAGUUACCUCCGCCGAAGACGAGAAAAGAAGUGAUGAGUUUCUUGGGGAGGUUAAACUGUAUCAGCUGGUUUAUAGCACAAUCAACAGUGGUAUGUGAGCCCAUUUUCAGGUUGCUGAAGAAAGACGCCCCAACUAAGUGGACUGAGGAGUGCCAGACCGCUUUCGACGCUAUCAAGAGCUACUUGUCUAAUCCACCAGUAUUGGUUCCUCCACGAGAAGGGAGUCCUUUGCUACUGUAUCUAUCGGUUUCAGAUAGUGCAUUUUCAUGUGUACUGGGUCAACACGACGAGACAGGGAAGAAGGAAAGGUCUAUCUACUACAUCAGCAAGAAAUUUACUCCGUACGAGUCUCGCUACACUUUGCUGAUGAGAACAUGCUGUGCUCUGACGUGGCUUUCCCAGAAGCUGAGACACUACUUGUCUUCAUACACCACAUAUCUCAUUUCCAGAAUGGAUCCAUUGAUGUACAUUUUCCAGAAAGCGAUGCCGACGGGGAAGUUAGCUAAAUGGCAAAUGCUGUUAAGUGAGUUUGAUAUCAUGUAUGUGACUCAGAAAGCAAUAAAGGCACAAGCUUUGGCCGAUCAUCUUGCGGAAAAUCCCGUUGACGAAGAGUAUGAACCUCUCAAGACAUAUUUUCACGAUGAAGAAGUGUCAUUUGUGGGUGAAGAUAUCUCUGAAGCUUAUCCAGGUUGGAGAUUAUUCUUUGAUGGAGAGGCAAACCACCAGGGUAAAGGUAUUGGAGCAGUCUUGGUGUCAGAAUCUGGUCAGCACUAUCCUAUGGCGGCUAAGCUACGAUUCAACUGCACAAACAACAUGGCUGAGUACGAAGCUUGCAUUCUCGAUUUGAAAAUGGCCGUUGACAUGAAUGUUUACGAGUUUCGCAAGAUCGAGUUCAGACAUACUCCCAGAAUACAGAAUGAAUUAGCUGACGCUCUUGCCACCAUCGCUUCAAUGAUCAAACAUCCGGAUACUGAUUACAUCGACCCGUUGGAUAUAGACUUGAAGGAACAUCCAGUCCAUUUCCUGUAUAGGAGGACUCCAGAUCUGGAUCUUUUAAGAUGUGUAGAUGUUGCUGAAGCUGUGAGGCUUAUUGAACAGAUACAUGCUGGAGUUUGUGGUACACAUAUGAAUGGGCUUACCUUGGCAAGAAAGGCCCUCCGAGCCGAAUCCAUCAUUACUGAUAACGGUGCCAAUCUCAACAGUCAUCUGAUGAAAGAGAUAUGUGAACAAUUCAAGAUUAUUCACCGGAGGUCCACUGCUUAUCGCCCUCAAAUGAACGGAGCCGUAGAGGCCGCCAACAAGAAUAUCAAGAAGAUUUUGAGGAAGAUGAUUGACAAACAGCAAGGUUGGCAUGAAAUGCUGCCAUAUGCUCUACUAGGUUAUCGAACAAUGGUUAGAACAUCGACUGGGGCUACUCCAUACCUGCUAGUAUAUGGAACAGAAGCAGUCGUACCUGUUGAAGUCGAGAUACCGUCAUUGAGGAUCAUCCAAGAAGCUGAGUUAAGCAACGCGGAGUGGGUUAGCAAACGGAUUGACCAACUAGCUUUGAUUGAUGAGAAGAGAAUGUUGUAUAGACAAAGAAUGACUCGCGCUUUUCACAAAAGAGUAAGAGCCAGAAAUUUUGAAGUGGGUCAGUUGGUUCUCAAGCGAAUUUUUCCUCAUCAAGACGAGUACAAAGGAAAGUUUGCGCCAAACUGGCAAGGUCCCUACAUGGUUCGUAAAGUACUAUCUGGAGGUGCUUUGGUCCUUUCAGAGAUGGAUGGUGCUGUAUGGCCCAAGCCUAUCAACUCAGAUGCUGUCAAGAGAUACUACACGUGA